CCUGCAUCGUGCGUUGGUAUACAUUUUUAGAUAACAACCGUUUUCAGUUUGAUUUUUUGAGCUACCGAAUUCCAUUUCUAAUCGGAUGAAUCUAAAAACAUAUUGAUUUGUUCUGUGUUAAAUUGAUAUUUUUAAUACAAUGACAAAUCCAAAGGAGUGCUAUGAACUUGUGCCAGUUGAUGCCAGUUCGAAAACCAAGAAGUCUGCAGAAAAACCAUCUAUUCAUGUUGGAAAAUAUGAAAUCAUUUUGAUUAUCUUUAUGUCAAUAGUGACACUUGGACUUGUGGUGGUAAUAAGAAGUUUCGUUUUUGUGGAAGAAAAUGCACCAACAGUCUGUGAGAAACGAGUGAUUGGAUAUUAUGCUGGCACAGAAAAAUCUCAGAUCACAAUUGAAGAGGUUUCUGAAUUAACACAUGCAGUAUUUGCAUUCGUUUAUAUGGCAACUGAUGGAACUUUGAUGUUUAGUAAUCAGGCCCAAAGAAAUCGAUUUUUGAAGUUAAAAGAACUAACGAAAAAUGAAAACUCUACAGUGAAGAUGAUGUUUUCCAUUGGUGGUAAAGAUAAUUCACAAAACUUUUCACCAGUGACAGCGAGUCCGGAUAGAAAAAAAUCUUUCAUAAAUGCUAUACUUGAGUUGCUUGAAAAGUAUGACCUAGAUGGUGUCGAUUUAUUUUGGAGAUGGCCAAAAUCAGAUGACAAGGAUGAAUAUGCUGUAUUUCUUCGAGAGUUGAAAAAACAGUUGAAAGCCAGGAGAAAGGAUUACAUUUUGUCAGUAGUUGUGGCACCACUUGAUAUAAAUAGAUGGGAUUCUAAAUUUGACAUUAAGAAAAUAAUUAAACAUGCCGAUUUUAUUAGUAUCUAUGGAUUGGCAAAAAAUACGACAGAUUCAGAAUCGCCAAUGUUUGCUUCAGCUUGGGGAGCAGCAAGUUCUUCGAUGCUCGAAUUACCAGGGAUCCAGCAAUUAACUUGUUCAAAUAUACUAUUGACUCGGUCUCUCUAAAAUGGUUCAAUUUUUAAUUAAUUCACUCAAUUAUACAUAAUAUUUUCUUGAAAUUUCAUAUUCUUCGUAUAAAAUAUGUUCUAACAUAAAAAACAUCACACUUUGG